UGCCUUCCACACCACUCCUGCAUCUCCAGCCCCUUACUCUCCCAAGUCUUUAAGGACGGACAGCACUUCGCUGCUGUGAACCCAUCGAGAAAGCGAGCUCACGAACACACAGCGAGAAAGAUAUAAAGAUGGCAAGGAGGCGGCUAUUAUUGAUGUUAAAACCUUUUGAUGUUUACCAAUUUGGCCAAUCAAAUGGCGGCUCUUCCAUCACCAAUUCUCAGGCUUUUCGUUAUCUAGAUAACAGGCGUAAGGUUCACAAGGAUGCUGUAAACUUCUGUCAGGAUAUUUUACGAAAGAAAUCAAAUAUUGAUUGGGAACCCAUCUUACGUACAAAUUUGUCACAACCAAUUCGGAAUUUUGAUUUGGUUGUUACUGUUGGUGGUGAUGGAACUCUUUUACAAGCAAGUCAUUUCUUGGAUGAUUCAAUUCCGGUUCUUGGAGUGAACUCAGAUCCCACACAAGUCAAAGAGGUGGAGAAAUUCAGUAAUGAAUUUGAUGCUACUAGAAGCACUGGCUACCUGUGUGCAGCAACUGUCCAGAGUUUUGAACAAGUGCUAGACGAUAUCCUAGCUGGUCAGAAAGUCCCUUCUAACCUCUCGAGAAUAUCAUUAAGUGUAAAUUCACAACCGCUGUCUACUUAUGCCCUCAAUGACAUAUUGAUCGCAGACCCUUGUCCUGCGACAGUUUCACGCUUCUCAUUCAGGAUUCAGAGGGACAGUGAAUCGUGUGGCCCAUUAGUGAACUGCCGAUCAAGUGGUCUCAGAGUCUCGACUGCUGCUGGAUCAACAGCUGCAAUGCUCUCGGCAGGUGGAUUUGCGAUGCCUGUUUUAUCCGAGGACCUUCAAUAUAUGGUGAGAGAACCCAUUUCACCUGGAGCCGCAAUCAGGUUAAUGCACGGGAUAAUUAAAUCCGACCAGUCCAUGAAGGCCUCGUGGUUUUCCAAGAAGGGAGUAAUAUACAUUGAUGGUUCUCAUGUUUUCCACUCUAUCCAGCAUGGGGAUACCAUUGAAAUAUCUUCCAAGGCCCCGAGUUUGAAAGUUUUUUUGCCUCACGAUUAACACAGAGGACAUGUGAACGGGGAGUGUAAAUAUCUGAAAGGACAGAAAUUUUACAUGCAUGAUGGAGGUCUAGUAAUUUUGCAGGGAAAUUAUAUUUCUCUUAUUGAGAAGUCAAAAAAGCAGGAUCUCCUUUUCUUUUUUGCCCUUCUCUCCAUUUUCCUUAUGAACCAAAGCUUGUGCCGGCCUCAAGCAUCAAAUGUGAGAAAAUUAUAACUCAAGGCCCUUGUAUCAAGCAAGAUGCUGUUCUCUGUUUUAAAUCAUGUACUCUAAAUAAUGACAAUGAAGUGAAAUUGCUUGAAAAAUAAAAAAGAAAUGGCAUUGAAAUAUGUUUUUAUUGACCAAUU